UUAUGGUUUACAUAACAAAUAUAAUAAUUUAUAACAACGUCUCUAUAACUUUUUAAUCGGGUCAUUUAGAAAGAUUUUAUGACAUCAAUAUCAACUGAAGUAGACAGAAUAUUCUGUAUGAAGACCUAAAAAAAUUGGCAUUUAUAAAUAGAAUAGUAUUGAGAAAAAUUAGACUCUGGAGUAGUUGAGAAAUGAGUCAGGAUCACAGUACAAAAGAGAAGAUACAAAAAAAAUAAGAAGAUAACAACAUAAGACAAAAAAGUUUUAGAGUUAUACAGAAGAAGAAAGGUUUUAAUUGUAUUUCAAAAACUCAUAGUACAAAAAAAUAUGGUCCUAAUAGAAGAAAAGAAGAAUCAGACUCUCAAAUUGCGCAUGUCAAGUGUAUGAAUCAAUAUGUGUGAUUCCACAAAUAAAAUAAAUUGAAAAUAAAAAUGAAAUACUAGGAGGAAAAGAAAUAAUUAUAAGAAUGAAAUUACACACAACAAGAUAUAUUGUUAUUCUAUCCAUUCAAAUAGGAUUGAUAAUCAUUGACUGGUUUAUAAACAUAUUUUCAAUAUUCAAUAGAGAUAGUAAUGCAAAAAUGCUAAUAAUGUUCAUCACACAAAAUGCUUGUCUCAUACUAGCACUCUCUGUAUUGUUACUAACGUUUUUUUCGACAUAUCUCUUCCAAAUUGGGCUUAUAUAUUUAUUGUAUGAAAGGUUCCGCACAACCUUACUUGUGUGUAUGCUUUAUUUCAUUCUUACAUCAAUUGUUAAUGUUUGGUUGAUGAUAUUGCAAUGGAAUAACAAGAGAAAUUCCUGGAAUGCUUUAUUCAUGAUUAUAUUUAUCAUACAAAGAUUCAUGUCAACAGUUUAUUAUUAUUACUACAAAAGAGCAGCAUUGAGGAUAAGUGAUCCCAGAUUUUAUGAAGAUAUGGAUAUAGAAUCAGAAAAAACAGUUUCGACACAUGAUUGAAAGGAUAUUUAUUAUGGAAUCUUCUUAUUUUAAUUAUUAGGUAUGUGUACAUGAUUAAAAUCUGUUAAAUAAAUGUAAUUUAAUUCAUGAAAUAAUAGAAA